AUGAUUGGAGGUAUCUUGAAUCUGGGGAUUGGCAGGUCUACUGUUAGACUGGCCAGACCACAGACUUUUAGGCAAGUCUUUCCAAGCUUGAAACAUGACCUAUUGAGGGUGACUGCGUUUCCAAUGACCACUGUGAAGUCCCAGCAGAUACACACAUUCAGCAGAAGACCCGCCAGUUGUGAGCUUUUGAAAUUUAGAAUGGCAACCCAACACCGUGGUGCUGCCUUUUGGAAAGUGGGAACUAAUGUGAAGGCGUUGGGGAAGAUGCUGAAGAACCAGCGAGGAGGAACACUUAGAAAGAGGCUACUUAUUAUAUUUGCAAUCUACAUGGUAGCCACCUUCGUGUUCAACCUCAUGUUAUAUGUGCUAACUUUAAGAUACCUGGGAACUAUUCAGCAGUUGCCUUCUGGAUUUGGAAUCUGGACCAAGUACAAGUUCCGAGAGGGCCUGGUGAAGGAAGAAGUGAACAAGAAGGAAAGACUUGCACAUGCGGAAUACCUCAGAACUUUGAAGAACAUAGCAGCUGAAAAUCACAUGGCUGAUUACGAUGAAGAUGCCAAGGAUUUCGAGCUUUUGAGCUAUUCCAAACUCGAUACUUGGGUCAACAAUGGGAACCUGGAGUAUGUCUCUGCAUAUGCCGACUUGUUGUUCAGAUAUGCCCUUACCGACGAGAAUUUGGUGAACAUUGAGAAAAUUCUGCAGAAGGCAUUUGAGAUCUCGGAUCAUUACGAAUCUCUACUUGGCAAGUCUGCAAAUAUUGGUUCCUACAUGUUAAAGAACAAUGCCCUCAGGACUCUGGCUCAAAUCAGACAGGAUAAGCUCGAAGAUUCUCGGAGCCCGAAAGAGAAGGAAAACGAGAAGUUUGUGAUUGAGAACUAUCUGCUAGUUGCUCUUGAUUUGCUAAUUCGAAACGAGUUUCCUGCAUUGGCUGGACAAUCUAACGAUCUAAGUGCGGAUAUGGCCAUCUUACCAGAAACAGUCAUUGUGAACAACGGGCUCACCACGUCUAUACUGGACUUGUGUGCAUAUUAUACCUCCCUUAAGGAUAAGACUCAUGUCAACAAGUCGCUGUCAAUCCUCUUAUCUGUUUUGAGAUGUGCAGAGACAGAGCAUAAGCAGUUAGAGAAAGCUCAAGCUGUUGCUGGCCACACACAGUCUGCGUUUUCGCCCACUGCAAAGACCAGAGCCGAGAAACAGAAUCAAAAAAGGCUCGAAGAGCUUCAGUUUGAGACGAUACCCCUUUUGAAGUCUCAUGUGGCUGAAAUUUUGUGGUUCAAGGGUUUGAGGAAAGACGCAAUUGAGUUGGCGAAACAGAGUGCCUAUGUGGCCUCUACUAAGAGCAGGGAAAGUUUCAAUGCCGCAAAGAUCGCCAAAAGUGGUUUCACUAAUUUGAGCACGAUGUAUGGUGCUAUUGGUGACGAAGAGGGCAGGAAGCUGUGUAUGGUAAAAGUGAAGCAGAUUGACGUUCCUCUAGAACAGGUGAUUUUGCAGGGCGGGGACACUCUUAGAAACGUUGUGUUAUACCAUUAUUUUGGUUCCUUUGGAAAGAUCUUAUUUCCAUGA